CUGUGCACAGCGCCAGAUAUCAUGUCCCUCUUGAAGCAGGGAGACACCAUCAAACUGCAGGAGGCAUAUAUCCCUUAGAUGAUGCAGUCAAUCAACAGAACAACCUUCAUUAUCAUAGUCUCCCUUGCACAGACAGCGCUCAGUACACCUCAACUAUCUUGCCCUGACAUAUCUUACCCUGGUGUGUUUGCUCGACUGACAUGCUACACGACUACCCACUACUCCAUUCUCCAAUACUCUGGGCCAGACGGAAUAAUUGCCCCACAGUGUGUAGCAAACUGGUCUUCAUGUACCAACGUGGAAGGAUAUAAUGCAAGCAUUAUCAACACGACCCAUACUGAGCUGGGAAUAUUGAGUAUAAAUCCAACACAUACAGGGCUUUGGACAUGUGCUGCUCCUGGAGAUGACGGCAAUUCAUCUUGCGAACUUCAUGUCAAAAUGACGGCGGACAAAGAUGCAAGCAUCAGCACAAGCAUUACCACCGUGGCUAUCGUUGCCGGAAGCGUGGCUGUCGCAAUCAUUGUUGUGCUGGUGAUCUUUCUGGUGAGGAUGAAACAGUCAAAACGGACAGAGCAGCCAGAAAAACACAGUGAUGAAAAUGUGUACGAUUCCCCUUAUGACGUUGUUGGACAAACGGAUGAAACAUCUGGACAUGAGAACAACACUUUGUACCUGACACCUGUUCAGGGAGACAAAUCCUUCUGUGAUGUCAUAUCCAGUUAAUUACACUGUGUAAAUACACACGUAUUUUGAUACCGUGACGGUAUUAUGCUGUUGCCUCAAAAGUCCAGGUGAUAAUAAGCUGGUCGGGUAGCUUUUUAAGCAUUCGCACGGGGUUCGUUUUCCUAAACGAAGCACAUUGUUAGAAGCCUAUUGUUUGUACUCAUUCUAAGUACCCACAAUAUGUAUUAAAAUAUGUCUGAUUAAUUUCAGAUUUAAAAAAAAAAAAUAACUCUGGAGCAACAACAUUCGGGGACUAGGCUUGGGCCGGUCAGUCAACAGUCCCUGCAAUUUGAUUAAUUAAUUCCGCCAACUCUCUUUGCAAAUCAGGCAUAAUUCAUUGCACAAAGAGACUACCUUAGUUUGGCAAAUGUCAUAACACAGUAUCAACCUGGACUAAUAGUAGGCAUCCGUUUGUGGAACAUGUAUAUAACCACCUACCCUGAUGCUUUGGGGAACUUGUACCAAUGCAAUAAACUCUAUCAAUAAAA